AUGAAGGUCCUGGCAGCAGGAGUUGUGCCGUUGCUGCUGGUUCUGCAAUGGAAGCCGGGGUCCUGCACCCCCCUGCCCGUGACCUCGGGCAACUCCAUGUGUGCCAACAGGCAUCUAUGCCAGAACAAUGUGACCCACCAGAUCAGAAGUCAGCUCAACCAACUCAACAGCAGUGCCCAGGGCCUCUUCGUCCUCUACUACACGACGCAGGGCGAGCCCUUCCAGAGCAAACACGACAAGCUGUGUGCUCCCAACGUGACGGACUUCCCGCCCUUCCACCCGGCCCGCCAGAGGAAGGAGCGGUUCAUUGAGCUAUACCGCAUCGUCGUGUACCUCAACGCCUCACUGGGCAACGUCUCCCUGGACCAGGCCCGCCUCAACCCCGGUGCCUUGAGCCUGCGUGGCAACCUGACGGUCACCUUGGCCAUCCUCCGCGGACUCCUCAACAACCUCACCUGUCAGCUCUGCAACCGCUUCCAAGUCUUCCACGUGGACGUGACCUACGGCAGCUACAGCCGGGAGAAGGACCAGUUUGAGAAGCGCAAACUUGGGUGCCAGCUCCUGGGGAAGUACAAGGAGGUCAUCGCCAAGGUCGUCCAGGGCCUGUAG